CUGGCUGUAGUAGUAUGGCCUGCGAGGUGGCCACACCUCCUUCCUGUCAUUUCUCCAAAACUUUGAGCAAAACAGGAAUCAACAUAAUCAAGUCUCUCUAACGGGACUUAUUUUGACAACUUCGAAAACAAGGACUUUAUAACAGGAUAUGGCUUUAGAGGAGGAUCUAAUUAAAAUAGCAAAGAAGUUAGACAAAAUGAUAUUACAACAGAACAUGGAGGGAGUCCUAGACCUUCUGAAGGAACUACAAGGCUAUUCAAUGACUCUUCACUUACUUAAGACUACAAAAAUUGGAUUGGCUGUCAAUGCUGCACGUAAGCAUUGUAUGGAUGAAAAAGUGGUGUCAGCAGCUAAAAUUCUUAUACGGAACUGGAAGAGUCUUCUAGAGUCAUCAACAUUCCCAAAGGCACUCAAGGACAAAGAAAGUGAUAAGGAAAUGAAAAAGAUACACAAGAGCGACACUGUAUCCACACUUAUAACCAGCACAGAGUCAGUCUCUGGGUUAUCGCAAUGGCAGCGUUCACCAGAGAAAAAGGAAGAGAAGGUUGAAAAAUCACCUAACAGCAAAACCUCUACAUCAUCAACCAUUCCAAAAAAGCAUAGCAAAAAUCCCAAAAAGGAGAGGAGGGACUUUUUCUCAGAUUUGUUUCAGCCCAGCCAGGAGACCACAACUGUGACAAAACAUCCCACAGAUAAAGCAGAGAGGAGAAACUCGAGUGACAACAAGACAAGUGCCAUAUCCUCUUUCAAUAGGCCAUCUUCAUCAUCUUCUUCUACUUCCUCGUUUGCCUCUUCAGAUCCAGAGAUGCCACCUGCCAGCAAGAGGGAAAGGAAGGAUUCCAUGGAUUCCAAAUCUAAUCACUCAUUGCCAGUUGUUAAGAAGCCAUCCAUGGACAGCAAAAAGGAGAGAAAAGAUUCUACAGACUCCAAAUAUGACUCUAAAUCUCCUGUAUCACCAUCUGCCAAGAAACCAUGUACUGAUAUUAGAAAGGAAAGAAAAGAUUCUACAGACUCCAAAUAUGACUCUAAAUCUCCUGUAUCACCAUCUGUCAAGAAACCAUGUAUUGAUAUUAGAAAGGAAAGAAAAGAUUCUACAGACUCUAAAUAUGACUCCAAAUCUCUUAUAUCCAAGAAACCAUCUCUGGAUACUGGAAAGGAAAGAAAAGAUUCUACAGACUCCAUAUAUGACUCCAAAUCUCCUAUAUCCAAGAAACCAUCUAUGGAUAUUGGAAAGGAAAGAAAAGAUUCUACAGACUUCAAAUAUGAUUCUAAAUCUCCUAUAUCCAAGAAAUCAUCUCUGGAUAUUGGAAAGGAAAGAAAAGAUUCUACUGACUCCAGAUAUGACUCCAGAUCUCCUGUAUCACUGUCUGUCAAGAAACCAUCUCUGGAUAUUGGUAAGGAAAGAAAAGAUUCUACUGACUACAGAUAUGACUCCAGAUCUCCUGUAUCACCACCUGUCAAGAAACCAUCUCUGGAUAUUGGUAAGGAAAGAAAAGAUUCUACUGACUCCAGAUAUGACUCCAAAUCUCCUGUAUCACCUCCUGUCAAGAAACCAUCUCUGGAUAUUGGUAAGGAAAGCUGGAAAGGCAAAACCGAAUCACCACAAUCCCCCACAAGUCCAGUAUCGCCCAGUUUCUCACCAUCAUCAGACUUCAGAUUUUCUGGUUUUCACACAGGAGAUCCUAUCCGGGACAAGUGCAUUGAGAUGCUGGUGAAUGCUCUGAAGACAAAUGAUGACUACAAGAUAUAUGGCUCCUGUUGUGAUCAGAUAGCAUCUGAAAUUGAAGAACAUAUUUACCAGGAGAUGAAAUGCACUGACAUGAAGUACAAGAACAGGGUAAGAAGCCGGUUCAGUAACUUGAAGGAUCCUAAAAAUCCCAACCUCAGAAAGAGUGUACUAUGUGGGGGCAUUUCUGCUGAAAAGAUUGCAAGAAUGACUGCAGAGGAGAUGGCCAGUGAUGAGUUAAAAGAGCUGAGGAGCACUCUAACCCAGGAAGCCAUCCGAGAACAUCAGAUGGCAAAGACUGGAGGUACCCAAACCGACCUCUUUCAGUGCAGCAAAUGUAGAAAGAAGAACUGCACGUACAACCAGGUUCAGACCCGCAGUGCUGAUGAGCCCAUGACUACAUUCAUGCUUUGUAAUGAGUGUGGCUUUCGUUGGAAGUUCUGCUGAGAUGGUGAUGUUCAAUGCUAUAAUGAAUGGAUACAUUCAUUUACAAAGAAUGUACUCAAGAUCUGCAAGAUAAUACUGUUUCCCAUGUUUUAUUAUUCUUUAUAAGACAUAGAGUGCUGUAGUUUAAGUCAUAAUGCAGAGGAAAACCUUAGGCAGAACAAAGUUUUAGUAAUAAAAACAGAAAUACAUUUUGAGGCUGAUGUAGUAGACACUUCUUAGUAUAAAUUAAGACACCAAUUAAACAGCCACGGGGGGAAAACAGAUGUUAAUGUGUAAGUGUUAAUGGUUAUAGAGCUUUUAUAUUUAAAUGCAUUGUUAUUUUUCAUCUGAUUGCAUCUAUAUUUCUCUUGCAUCUCUUUAUCUGUAUGUAUAUUUCUUUUGCAGCUCUUUCUUUUAUGUAUAGCUCAUUGAGUAUGUUUUAUUCCAUGUCUAACUCAAUUGUCAUUUCUUCAUGUUUCUGGGUCUUCAAAAAAGGGAAACCACUGGUUAGUCCAGUACAAUUACCCAAUAAAAUCAAAUAAACAAACAAAUAAAUAA